CUCUGAACUUCUUCUAUAUGUUCAGAACAACAGCGACGGUCUCAUCAGCCUYGUCGCACAAACCAAUGGCUUCUAAACAUGAUUUCCGUUUUCAGCCCUUCGAUUUUCGUUUCGUGGUCUUUUCAAAAACCCUACCAAUUCGCCGCUGCCCCCUUCUUCUCCGGUUGAUCCCAAACAAGUUACCGGCGUCAUCUGAUAUCGUUUUUUUUAUAGGAAACCAUCAUGAAUACCCCUUGUGAAGAAGAGGUUGAGGUUAAGGAUGUGAAAGAGGAUGAAAAUGUAGGUGUAUCUCCACUGACUGCUACUAUGAAAGGUCAAAACGGUACGAAGGAAAAAGGUAAUGUUGAUGCCCCUCAUGUCGAGCGCAAAAACUGUGGUGCUUUAUAUACUAGUCACUCAAAGAGAAAUAAGAUGGAAGAAGAUCUUGAGAUCUACAGCGACAAACAUCCCCAGCAUUGUACUUUUUAUAAUGGGGGAARAAAUGCAAAUGAAGAGGAUUUGAAUUCAGUAAGUGAAGAGGAGGUAGAAGACUAUCCAGACUUAUGGGAUUCAUUUGACUCACCAGACUCAUCAACCCCUCGUGGAGUUUUCAACGCAAAAAGUGCAAGAAUACUUAUUGCAGAAAUGAUCAUAAUUGAUAAAUUGCCCCUCAACUUCGUGAACGAUGAAGGGUUUAGAAUGUUUAUGGAGAAAAUCAUGUGUGCAUUUGCUCCAGAGUUUGUUGUUCCCUCUCUAACCACAGUUGCUAGGGAUAUAUUGGAAAUAUACCAGAGUCGGAAGGSAUUCUUGCGUAGACUUAUUUUCAAUGACAAUAGCACAGUUUCUCUCACAAUCAAUACUUGGACGUCGAAUCAAGAUAUGAACUACAUGGUUCUUACUGGACAUUUUAUUACUUUUGGUUGGACAAUAGAGAGGAAGAUUCUUAAUUUUCGUCAAAUUGAAAAUCUCAGAGGAGAGACUAUAGGACGAGAGGUUGAAAAAUGUUUGAARCAAUGGGGUAUUGAAAAUUUAUUGACAGUGACAGUAGACAAUGCUUCUUCAAAUGACACCAUUAUUGCUUAUUUAGUUAGUCGUUUCAAGGAUGGGUUUCUUUUGCAUGGUGAUUUUGUGCAUGUUAGCUGUGGUGAACAUAUUAUGAAUUUGAUUGUACGCGAUGUUAUGGAAGACUUUCAUGAGUUGAUAUCUAAGGUUCGAAAUGCUGUURGAUUUGUGAGGUCUUCUCCCACGCGAUAUAGAAGCUUUGAAAAGUGUAUCGAAGAGGAGAACUUAUCUACCAACAAUGUCGUGUGCCUUGAUGUUCCAACUCGGUGGGACAAUACCUACGUAAUGCUGGAGGAUGCUGAAAAGUUUGAAAAAGCAUUUGAGAGACUAGGGAUCCAUGAUACGACCUUUUUGAACGAGGAUAUUCCCUCUAGUAGAGAUUGGGAGGUUAUUAGAGCACUUGUUCAAUUCUUAUCGUUAAUUUAUAAGGCCAGUUUAAGACUUUCUGGUUCUGUUCAUGUCCUUUCAAGUACGGUCUUUCAUGAGAUUAGCACCAUCCAAAAUUAUAUCAAAAGAUGUUCUUCCAAUGGUGGAAAUCUUAUUCUCAAUGAUAUUGCAASGAAGAUACAGGCUAAGUAUGAUAAGUAUUGGUGGAAUAAUAGAAAUGCAAAUUACUUUUUAUACAUUGCCGUAGUUUUGGACCCUCGUURCAAGAUGAAAUUUCUGAUGUAUUGCUUUAGUGAAUUGUUCGGGGCCAAUGUUGCGAAAGAGAUGUGCAAGAAGGUAGAAGAUAUUUUGAAGAAAUUAUUUAGUGAAUAUAGGUUGUUAAUUCGUGACUAUGACGACUCACCUAUUUCAAGCUUGGUGGAUGAUUCAAAUACCAGCAAAUGUACUACAAAUGAUGUUACAGAGGAUAUUUUUUAUGACAAGGCUUACCAUUUUAAGGAUAUGUUUGAAAAAGUGAGGGAAGAAGAUAAAAAUGUUGAUGCAGCUACAGAGGUGGACCUCUACUUGUUGGAGCCUCUUGUGGAUAAAUUCAAGGAAUUUGACCUAUUAAGAUAUUGGCAAUGUAAUUCUGCUAGAUUCMGGGUUCUCAGUAAUAUUGCUCGAGAAAUAUUAGCGAUCCCGGUAUCCACUAUUGCUUCGGAAUCUGUAUUUAAUAUUAGUGGGAGAGUGAUUGAUUCUAUGUGCCUAACAUUGGCUCCAAAUUUAGUUGAGGUUCUUGCAUGCUUGCAAAAUUGGCUUAACACGGAUAAUUUGGGUAUUGAUCUUCGAGAACAUAUAAAGGACAUUAUUGACAUGGAAGAAGAUUUCGAAACAAGCUUAAAGGAAGCAUCGAUCAUGGGGAAGAGAACGACAAUGCUUGGUGAAAAAAAGGAAUAGAAUGUUCUAAAUAUGAACUCUUUAGAAUUUCUCAUCCGAUUGAACUUUAUGGUACUAUGUUGAACGAACCUUUUCAGGAUUGUACCUUGAAAAUUGUUAAACUGUGUCGUUAAGGUUUAUCCUUUUGGUUGCAAUGAAGACUUUUGUUUGCUCAAGAUGUUCGUUCUAGGUCAUGUAAACAGUUUCUGAAGGAGGAGAACGCUUUCACGGGACGGUUUCAGGUACCCUUUUAAGUUUUAUAUUUGCAUACUUGUAACUCAAAGUUAUAUGGGCGUUGAACAAAUAUGAAUAUUGAUCAUAAUUUUGCUAUGUAUUUUGGAAUGGAUUCUGGCUA